AUGGCUCAAAAGAAUGGUUUUGAGCAGGAGAAAAACGUAGACCUUUCCAGAAAGAAACUCAAAGCUUUACCAGAAAACAUUUUGGGUGAUACCAGUGUUGUUCAGCUGGAUCUGGACCGUAAUAAGCUCAAAACACUUGUAGGCAUUGAAAAGCUGAGGAAUCUGAGAUGUCUCAUCUUGAGCAAGAAUGAAUUCAGUGUGUUCCCGCAAGAAAUCUCCCUUUUACAAAAUCUUGAGAAGCUUUACCUAAACCAGAACAAGCUCCAGGUAAUCCCUGAAGGGAUCUUUAAUCAACUUCAUCACCUCAAACUCUUGAAACUGAGCCUCAACCGUCUCCAGGAUCUUCCAGGAGACCUUGGUCAAUGUUCCAAGUUGCAGUACAUCAAUGUAUCUCACAACCUCCUGAAGGAGAUUCCCGUGUCCUUCUUGGAGCUCAGAAACUUGGAAGAACUCUACUUGGAGGACAACAAGCUUCAAAAACUUCCUCCCAAGCUUUUUGAAAAUAAGGCUUUACAGAAAUUUAGCGCCGCUCGAAAUCCCCUGAGUGAACCGCCUGAUGAGAUCUGCGCUGGUGGGCUCAAGCAAAUCCGAAGUUACUUCAGUCAGAUUAGCACUUCUGAGGCGGACUACAUCAAGAGGGUGAAAACAAUGUUUCUGGGUUGUUCGAUGGCCGGGAAAUCCACACUCUGCAGGAGCCUAAAGCAGCAGCAGGCAGUGGCAGUGGAAUUGAAGGACAGAACCAUUGGAAUUGAAAUAACGGAGACCCAGGUGAAAGAUUUUCGAUUUCAUUUUUGGGAUUUUGCCGGACAAGAGGAAUACUACCUGACACACCACGUGUUUAUUACACCUCAGGCCCUCGUUAUUUUGGUGAUCAAUUUAGCAAGCUACCAGAUUGAAGAGCCCGACUCGUUUAAGAAGGACGUUGCCUUCUGGAUCAAUAACAUCUUGAUGAGGGUUCCUGACUCCGUGGUGCUGCCGGUUGGCACUCAUGUUGAUAAAUGCUCCAGUUUGGAAGUUAUGAUGGCAAAGAAGGAAGAUAUCGAGAAAAGAAUUCAGCAAAUGAUGAAGAAGAUGAAAGAAAACAUUCAGCUGCGGAUGGAAAACUUCAGUGAAAAGAAUGAUGCUGAAUUAUUUUUCGAUCAGUCCAAUAAACUGAACAGCUUGAUGGACUGCGACCUACAGGUCUUGGAUCUGGUGCUCAUCGAUUGCACAAAUAUAAAGGAAAUUAAACGCCUUCAAAAUAGGAUAUUAGAAAUUGUGCAAAAUAAGGAAAUAUUCCCAAGUAUUGAGAAAAAACUUCCUUACCUUUACAAGAUGGUUGAAUCAACAAUAACGGACCUUCUAAUCCGGAAGGAGAUUCCAGAGCACGGCAUCGUUCCUCUUGGUGAGCUGUUGGACAAAAUAAACGAGAACGGGGGCUUCAAGAAGCUGAUAGAGGAUGACUUGAAAGACAUUUUACGAUACCUGCAUAGGAUUGGGAUUAUCAUGUGGUAUGAGGAAAUCUCCACUUUGGCCAAAACAAUCUUCGUCAAACCUUCUUUUCUCAUAACUCUUUUUAAGUUGAUUGUCCGCCAUGAUUUGGUCGAACAGUUAGAGAAAAUUCCCAAGGCUGUGUUGGUGCGAGAGCGCGCUCUAGAGAAAGAUGUCCACAAAUGGAUCCGUCAGUAUAGAAGCAAUGCGAUCCUGGACCACAAAGCUGUGUCUGCCCUGGUGAAACAUCUACUGCAGCAAGUCAGCUCUGAUGGAGAAGACGACAUCUUGGAGGAGAUCACGGGGAACAGAGGACAGAAAGGAAAGCUUUUCAACCUUCUGGAACAUUUUGAAAUCUGUUUGGCGAUGAAACCUCACACGUCCCUAAAUCCUAAUGCUACAGUAUUCCAUCCAGGAAGAAGGUGGGACUACAUGGACUGCCAUUCCAAUGGAGCUUACCUGUUUCCAAGCAACUUACGCAAUGCCAUUUCAAUGGGAAUUUGGAAAAACGAUAAGGAAGAUGAUAUACGUGUCUUGGUUUAUUUCCUGCCAGAAGUUCCUCAAGGCUUUUUUGCAAGGCUUAUCAUAAGGACCUGCUCACUUUUUUCUCCUCACUGGGUGGGCUUUCAAACGUGCUUAGUUGUGUCAAACUCUAUUGAGCUGUUAAUAAAGGAAAAACAUGAAGAAGACCAGUUCAUGGAAAUUCGCUGCAGACGUCCCCGCGGCACCGAUUUACGCUUUACCUGGGACCUCAUCCUGGCCAUCAUUUUUAAACUCAAAAAACUCUCGGAGCAGUGGCCAGGACUGUACUACAGCAUCCGGAGCCCCUGUCGGACCAAGAACUGCCAUGAAGACUUUCCUUGGCCAGAUCAGGACGGGCUGUCAGACUACAUGGACAUGGCGGAGGGUGAGGUGUCAACAUGCAGUGAAGGCCACAGGAAUGAAACUGAGCUUCUCUUCCCCAAAGCUGAAAGAUGCAGAAGAAGAAGAACUAAAGAAGCAUGGAGCCCGAAUGUCUACAACAUCAACGCUACUGGAAACAUUUCCAUUGGAACCAACAAUACUAUCGACGUGAAAGAUCAGAACUUUGACUCCUGAAGUGGAUAUCUGGAUUCCCUUGGAAGAAGAAUGUCAAAAAUUAUUAAAAUAUUUUUAGACUGUUUUUCUGAAAAACUGAAAUGAAGUGGCUGUCAUAUUUCCUGAGCGUGUUGUCUGCUGGUCAAACAUGUGAGUAAAAAUUUCACCAAACUUUGUACAUGCAACAAUAAAUGUGAACUUGAAUUUUGUA